UAACGCGCGUGCGCAACUAUUCCGCUCUUCGUUGCUGCCACUGUCAGUGAACGCGCCUGACACGGUUGUGGCCAAGAAACAAGCGUGUGCUGUCGGGUGCUGAAUUCACGCUGUCCCAAACCGAGAUGAAAACGGAGUUGGUUGCGCAAACACGAAGUCCUACCAGUAAAAAGCUACCAUUGAAAUAUUUGGGAUGUGUUGCCUUGGUUUGGUUCAAGAACUGUAACUAUCUUUUUCCACAGCUGUGCUGAUUUACCUGUAUCUCUGCCACAUGGGACACGAGCUAGCUGAAGGGUCAGAGUUGACUGCAUGAGGAGGCAGAGUUAAGGGAACCUGGUCCUGACCUGGACCCCAACCAGUCACACUUCUAGACCAGAGGUCUGUGGUCCUCUCCUCUAGAGAUGAGGUCCAUUCGAUUGUUUGCCAAUGACGACCUCCACGUCAUGGCAAAGCACGCCAACAUCUACCCUUCGCCAGAGGAGCUGGAGGCUGUCCAGAAGCUGGUGUCCACCGUGGAAUGUGCCCUCAAGCAGGUAUCAGACUGGAUGGACAACCUUAACGCCUCCCAAAGCAAGGUCCCGACCCCCACUACCAGCGACCCCAAGGAUACCGGCAGCCGCAGCACCACAAAGCCCCAGAAUGCUUCGAUCCUGUGUGGGGUUAUGCGUGUUGGUCUUGUGGCUAAAGGCCUCCUGGUUAAAGGAGACAUGGACUUGGAGCUGGUCCUGAUGUGCAGAGACAAACCCACCAAACUACUGCUGUACACUGUUGGCAACAACCUGCCAGUGCAACUACUGACGCUGACCGAGGACAAGUAUGAGGUGCGGCCGAGUGUGUCGGAGUCAGCCAUCCAGGUGGUCAACACCAACAACCCUAAAUUCACCCUGAAGAUUACCCUGUCCUCUCUGGCCAUGAGGCAAAAACACACUGCCACAGAAGAAGAGGAAGGCGUGGGGGAUCUUGAGGUGCUGGACGAGCGGCGGUGCCAGGCCGCACUGGCAACACUCAGACACACCAAAUGGUUCCAGUCCAGAGUGACAGAUCUGAAGUCGUGUGUCAUCGUCAUGCGUAUUCUCAGAGACAUGUGCAACAGACUAAUUGUGUGGGAGCCACUCAAAGGAUGGCCCAUGGAGCUGAUCUGUGAGAAAGCCAUUGCCACCUGUAACCGGCCCCUGGGGCCCGGAGAGGCCCUGCGCAGGGUCAUGGAGUGCAUUGCCUCAGGGAUCCUCCUCCCAGAUGGGCCGGGAGUUCACGACCCCUGUGAGAGAGAGCCAACAGACACCUUGUCAGUGAUCACUGGCCAACAGGCUGAGGCUAUCACUCAAAACGCACAGGUGGAGAUCCUUCGCUACUUGACAACUAUCGACCCAUCCAUAUCAAAAUUGUCUAUACUGUCAAAGCAUGCCCUACGUCUCCUGGCCUUCGGACAGCUUUAUAAGGUUCUGAAUAUGAAUCCUCUCCCUCCAACCAAACCCUCACACAGACUCUCAGGGUCAGACAAAAAAGGAAUCUGCCGGAAAAGGCAGCAUGAAGAUGAACACACUAACGACAGACAACUCUUCAAGAAGAUGAAAUGCAACCUGAUGGGAGUUCUGGACAGUAAGAUGAUGGACCCCAACCACCCCAUGAAUGCCCUGAUGAGCCUGAACCAGGUCCACCCGGGGCUGCAUUAUAAGCUGUUGUCCCAGUCUGGCCCGGUCCACACUCCAGUCUUUACCAUGUCUGUGGAAGUACAGGGCACUGUCCAUGAGGCCUCUGGCUCUUCCAAGAAGACUGCCAAACUCAAAGUAGCACUUAAGGUCCUACAGGCUCUUGGUUACCCAGCUGGCUUCGAAGUGGACCCGGACUCCCUGAGCGCUGAUGAGAGGUCUGACGGUGAGGGACGCAACCACAGAAGUGAGAGAAAUGACAGAAUGUCCACCAGCUCCAGAAGCAACUCUGUCACCUCCACAGACACAUGCGAGUCCCGCAUCCCAGGCCCUCUCCUCACGCCAGGGGGCAAGAACCCAGUGAUGGAGCUGAACGAGAAACGCAGAGGCCUGAAGUAUGAACUCUUAUCAGAGACUGGCGGCAGCUACGACAAACGCUUCAUCAUAGAGGUGGAAGUUGAUAAACAGAAGUUCAGAGGCUCUGGGCCCAAUAAGAAAGCAGCGAAGGCUAGUGCUGCCCUCGCUGCUCUGAAGAGACUCUUCUCUGACUCAAAAGACCCCCACAACAAUACGAGGGGGCACAGGACACCGGUGAAGAGAACUGUGUCGUCAACCGUGUCUGUCCCAGUCCAUGCCCACAGCAGGCCUAGAACCAGGCCAGUGAUGCACAGAGCACCUUAUAUCAGCGCUCCACCUACCCAUGGGUACCUCCCACCAGGCUAUGGAGCUCCAUUUGGCUAUGGUCCUGCAGCUCCCUUCCCUGCCUAUGGUGGUUUGUACAUUGAUAGUGCCUUUUACCAGCCACAGACAAUUGCCACUCCUAUUAUAAUUCACCUGGGUCCUCAGGAUUUCUUCUGAUCUCGCAGCCAGUGGGGGAUGACUUGACAUUUUGAAACUUCCCGUUUCCUGUCUGACCAGGCUUUAUCUACCUUACUAAGGCUGUCCAAAUUCUCCACUACAAUCGGGACCCAUCUCUCUGAGCAGACAUCAAUACAAGAAGGAGAAGAAGCACAACAUUGUCAUGGUUGGAACUUUCCAGUGUGUUGCAAUACUUGAGUCUUUUAUAUCUACUUGAAAUAGUGGAAAUGUGCUGUUUUGGAAUGGACGUUGCAUAACACUGCAAUAUUUGUGUGAUAUAAACUCAGCAAAAAAAGAAACGUCCUCUCACUGUCAACUGUGUUUAUUUUCAGCAAACUUAACAUGUGUAAAUAUUUGUAUGAACAUAAGUUUCAACAACUGAGACAUAAAAUGAACAAGUUCCACAGACAUGUGACUAACAGAAAUUGAAUAAUGUGUCCCUGAACAAAGCAGGGGAGGGGGGUCAAAAUCAAAAGUAAGUCCGUAUCUGGUGUUGCCACCCACCAGCUGCAUUAAGUACUGCAGUGCAUCUCCUCAUGGACUGCACCAGAUUUGUCAGUUCUUGCUGUGAGACUCUUCCACCAAGGCAUCUGCAAGUUCCCUGACAUUUCUGGGGGGAAUGGCCCUAGCCCUCACCCUCCGGUCCAACAGGUCCCAGACGUGCUCGAUGGUAUUGAGAUCUGGGCUCUUCGCUGGCCAUGGCAGAACACUGACAUUCCUGUCUUGCAGGAAAUCACACACAGAACGAGCAGUAUGGCUGGUGGCAUUGUCAUGCUGGAGGGUCAUGUCAGGAUGAGCCUGCAGGAAGGGUACCACAUGAGGGAGGAGGAUGUCUUUCCUGUAACGCACAGUGUUGAGAUGGCCUGCAAUGACAACAAGCUCAGUCCGAUGAUGCUGUGACACACCGCCCCAGACCAUGAUGGACCCUCCACCUCCAAAUCGAUCCAGAGUACAGGCCUCGGUGUAACGCUCAUUCCUUCGAUGAUAAACAUGAAUCCGACCAUCACCUUUGAGACAAAACCACGACUCGUCAGUGAAGAGCACUUUUACCAGUCCUGUCUGGUCCAGCGACGGUGGGUUUGUGCCUACAGGCGACAUUGUUGCCGAUGAUGUCUGGUGAGGACCUGCCUUACAACAGGCCUACAAGCACUCAGUCCAGCAUCUCUAAGGCUACUGAGGACAGUCUGAGCACUGAUGGAGUGAUUGUGUGUUCCUGGUGUAACUCGGGCAGUUGUUGCUUCUAUCCUGUACCUGUCCCACAGGUGUGAUGUUCAGAUGUACUGAUCCCGUGCAGGUGUUGUUACACGUGGUCUGCCACUGCAAGGAUGACCAGCUGUCCGUCCUGUCUCGCUGUAGUGCUGUCUUAGGCGUCUCACAGUACGGACAUUGCAAUUCACUGCCCUGGCCACAUCUGCAGUCCUCAUGCCUCCUUGCAGCAUGCCUAAGGCACGUUCACACAGAUGAGCAGGGAUCCUGGGCAUCUUUCUUUUGGUGUUUUUCAGAGUCCAUAGAAAGGCCUCUUUAAGUGUCCUACGUUUUCAUAACUGUGACCUUAAUUGCCAACCGUCUGUAAGCUGCUAGUGUCUUAACGACCGUUCCACAGGUGCAUGUUCAUCAAUUGUCUGGUUUAUUGAACAAGCAAGAGAAACCGUGUUUAAGCCCUUUACAAUGAAAAUAAGUGAAGUUAUUUGGAUUCCCAUGAAUUAUCUUUGAAAGACAGGGUCCUGAAAAGGGGACGUUUCUUUUUUGCUGAGUUUUAUAUAUCUCACACACACACACACACACACACACACACACACACACACACACACGGUACCAGUCAAGUUUGGGCACAGCUACUCAUUCAAGUUUUUAUUUUUUUUAACAACUUUUCUACAUUGUAAAAUAAUAGUGAAGACAUCAAAACUAUGAAAUAACACACAUGGAGUCAUGUAGUAACCAAAAAAGGGUUAAACAAAUCCAAAUAUAUUUGAGAUUCUUCAAAAUAGCCACGUUAUGCCUCAACCAGCUUCACCUGGAAUGCUUUUCCAACAGUCUUGAAGGAGUUCCCAUAUGCUGAACACUUGAUGGCUGCUUUUCCUUCACUCUGUGGUUCAACUCAUCCCAUACCAAUUGGGUUGAGGUCGGGUGAUUGUGGAGGCCAGGUCAUCUGAUGCAGCACUCCAUCACGCUCCUUCUUGGUCAAAUGGCCCUUACACAGCCUGGAGGUGUGUUGGGUCAUUGUCCUGUUGAAGAACAAAUGAUAGUCCCACUAAGCGCAAACCAGAUGGGAUGCCGUAUCGCUGCAGAAUGCUGUGGUAUCGUGCCUUGAAUUCUACAUUUUUCACCGACGGUGUUACCAGCAAAGCACCCUCACGACACCUCCAUGCUUCAUGGUGGGAACCACACAUGUUGAUAUCAUCCAUUCACCUACUCUGCGUCUCACAAAGAUGCAGCGGUUGGAACCAAAAAUCUCAAAUUUGGACUCAUCAGACCAAAGGACAGAUUUCCACUGGUCUAAUGUCCAUUACUCGUGUUUCUUGGCCCAAGCAAGUCUCUUAUUCUUAUUGGUGUCAUUUUAGUAGUGGUUUCUUUGCAGCAAUUUGACCAUGAAGGCCUGAUUCACGUAGACUCCUCUGAACAGUUGAUGUUGAGUUGUGUCUGUUACUUGAACUCUGUGAAGCUUUUACUUGUGCUGCAAUUUCUGAGGCUGGUAAUUCUAAUGAACUUAUCGUCUGCAGCAGAGGUAACUCUGGGUCUUUCUUUCCUAUGGCGGGCCUCAUGAGAGCCAUUUUUAUAGCGCUUGAUUUUUUUUUGACUGCGUAUGAAGAAACAUUCAAAGUUCAUGACAUUUUCCGGAUUGACUCACCUUCAUGUCUUAAAGUAAUGAUGGACUGUCGUUUCUCUUUGCUUAUUUGAGCUGCUCUUGCCAUAGGCCUAUUUGGUAAAAUACCAAGUAUAUACUAUCUUCUGUAUACCACCCUUGGCACAACAGAACUGGUUGGCUCAAAUGCAUUAAGAAGGAGGCAAAUUAACUUUUUUAACAAGGCACACCUGUUAAUUGAAAUGCAUUCCAGGUGACUACCUCGUUAAGCUGGUUGAUAGCUUUGCACACUCUUAGCAUUCUAUCAUCAAGGAAAAGGGUGGUUACUUUGAAGAAUCUCAAAUAUAUUUUGAUUUAACAUUUUGGUAACAUGAUUCCAUAUGUGUUCUUUCAUAGUUUUGAUGUCUUUACUAUUAUUCUACAAUGUAGGAAAGUGUACAAAUAAAGAAACCAUUGAAUGAGUAGGUGUGUCCAAAUUUGUGACUGGUACUUUGUGUGUAUGUAUGUUACAAGUUUAAUUUGUAAGUACUGUAAAAACAAUUUCCACUUUUUAAGUGUUAGCAGAGCUUAGACUAAUACUAGUUCAUUUUAAAAAAUGUCAAAGUAGCAGUUAAUAGCAUAACUCUACUCAGGCCAGCACAUUUACAUCUGGAAUGAUAUCUACAACCAGGAAUUAGUAACUCUCAAUAACUCUCCAUCUCUCACACAGGCACCUAAUCCUGUAACAGUGGGCAAGACAUGCAUGUAUUUUUCAAGUUUUAUCUGUAAUUGAUGAAUCUAUCUUCAGAAAUUCUUAGAUCCUGUUUGUUGUGGUUUAAUGGCUUUGCCUGCACUUGAUCAAAUGCUGCUGGUAUUGAAUGUCCUCUAAAGUUAGUGCACACGUCUAUGUCGUGUGCUCAUGGUAUUGCGUGUUCUAUCCAUUAUUUUCUCAGAACAAUAUUCAGAUGGACUUGUGAUUUUGAUUUGUUAAAAAAAUAAUAAAACAUUCUCUGUGAGAAUGAUUUCUUUGUAAAAACACAACACAACUUUCUGAUACCUGAGCGCUCCUUCAGUGGCAGCUUUGUUAUACCCUCCAGUUCAAUUAUUUGUUUUCUGGACAUUUUCUUUUAUCUUUUUGUGAAUGUACUGUCUCAUUGCCCUCAACUAUUUCUACAGUCUUAUGAGUGUUUCAAUCCUAGAAUAAAGGUCUGACUCUACCUGUUA